AGUUCCCGCUCGCAGUUCAAACUGGGAAAAUGGCGGGGUCUCCUGUGUUGGUGGUCCCUUCCCUUCCGCGGGACGUGGAGAGAGUGGCCGGGGCCGACGACGGGACCUCGGUUGCCGCCACCUCCCGAGAGGACUUCCGGGUGCACUGCACCUCGAAGAGGGCCGUGACGGAAAUGCUAGAACUGUGCGGCCGCUUUGUGGAAAAGCUCGGGGACGCGCUGCCAGAGGAGAUUCGGGAGCCCGCUCUCCGAGAUGUGCAGUGGACUUUUGAAUCAGCUGUGCAAGAGAAUGUCAGCAUUAAUGGACAAGCAUGGCAGGAAGCUACAGAUAGUUUUAUGGAUUCUGAUAUCAAAGUACUUGAAGAUCAGUUUGAUGAAAUCAUAGUAGAUGUAGCCACAAAACGUAAGCAUUAUCCCAGAAAGAUCCUUGAAUGUGUCAUCAAAACCAUAAAAGCAAAACAAGAAAUUCUGAAGCAGUACUACCCUGUUGUACAUCCAUUGGACCUAAAAUAUGACCCUGAUCCAGCCUCUCGUGUGGAAAAUUUGAAAUGCAGAGGAGAAACAAUAGCUAAGGAGAUCAGUGAAGCCAUGAAGUCCUUGCCUGCGUUAAUUGAACAAGGAGAUGGAUUUUCCCAAGUUUUAAAGAUGCAGCCUAUUAUCCAGCUCCAGAGAGUCCACCAAGAAGUCUUUUCCGGUUGUUCUAGGAAACCAGAUGUUAAACCUGAGAGCUUUAUAACACGAAUAGAAACCACACCGACAGAGACUUCAACCAGGAAAGCCACUGACCUGGUCCUGAAAAGAAGGCGAACUAAAGACUGCCCCCAGAGAAAAUGGUAUCCGCUGCGGCCAAAGAGAAUUAAUCUCGACACAUAAGCUCUUCGUGUUUGUCUUGAGAGUUAAAAUUUGGCACUGUCAACAUUUAGAUUACAGCCUAGUGCCUAGACAGGACUUCAUUUAAAAAGACAAGUAAUUCUUUAGUGAUUCCUUUAUACAAAUAUAGUAGCUCUAUGCUGGGAUAUAAUGUAAUGAUUGUAUUUCCUCAUCAUUUCAUCUUUAGUAGAUGAAAAGUAUAUUUUUUGAAUAUUGGCACAAAGCCCAUCAGUGGGCAUUAAGAGUGCAAGCUUUUACGGUCCUUAAAUGUAAUCAGCUCUUGGCUGCCUUACAGCUUUUGUGGAGGAUCACGAGAAACACAUGCUAUUGGAUUUCUAGUAUACAUCUUUCUUUUAAAAAGAGCAGUGUCAUAGCUGUCUCCAUUUAAGUGCUAAAAGUAAUCAUCAGUUCUGCUUAGGAGCCAGGAGCAGACAAAGUUGUGUUGUUUUUCCCCCCAAUGCAGUUUGAUUUAUCACAUUGAUAUGCAGAUGAGAAGACUGGCUUUGACUUUGCUACUCCAAGUUCAGCUAAUUUGGAUUUGUGGUAUUAUUUUUAGGAUUUUUUUGUUUUUUUGUUUUUUGUUUUUAGGAUUUUUUUGUUUGUUUUGUUUUGUAAGAUAAAGGAGACAACUUAUUUAUAUAAGACUCUCUCUUAGAAAUAAAAAUUGGCAUGUAGCCAAUGUUUCUUGUCCACACUUAUUUUCCACAGGCCUUUCAACUUUUAAACAUUAUUUGACUCGGGACUAAGGGUUUCUUUUCAGGAUUUCUCAUUAUAUCUUUGUACAUGAUUGCAGUUCAGAAAUAUAUAUUGGAUUAAAAAUUGACAAAUUGUUAUUGUGGAACAAAUAUAGAUGCAGUCAUAUGGAACUAUUUUACAUUUAAGGACAUUUAUUUAUCAAGGAUGUUAUUGGUAGAAGGCUGAGAAAGCUCUAUCGCCUAUAGUUCUAACAUUUCACUGUAGUUUCUUAUAGCUCUUACUGUGUCUUUUCCUCACAUUAAUACAAUGUAGUCAGGGUCAUCUAACUUUUCUCCUUUGAUGACUGUAUAACUUCAUUCAUUUGCAGAGGAAUUUACUAAUCAUUAUGAUGGGAAAUCUGUACUUGCUUAUGUCUUAACAAUCAUAAAUGCCUAACUGUGACAGAGUCUGUCUCAGUGAAGAAAACUUACAAAGCCACUUUAUUGCACUCUGUAUUUUAUGUUACAAUUUCAGAUCUUUAUGUUUGUAAUAGCAAUGUGUUUUUAAUUAAAAUAAUGUACAAAGACUGAAAUCUUGAUACUGUGUAUUUUUUAGUUGUUGUAGACAUCUUGAACUCAGCUUUAGUUGAAUGGUAGGUAAGCAUCCUACCUUUCAGAACAUACUAAGUUUCCCUUUAAAAUUGUUUUGAAGCUACAGAAUAUUGUUAUUCUAAUAUAGUGCUAUGUUUUUAUAGUAUAAAAUUCUGUAUGAUUUGUUUCAAUAGCCUGUAAACAAAACAAUUAUUGUUAAUUCUCCUAGAUUAGGUAAUUGCAUUGUGAUUAUAUAAGAAAAUGUCUUCCUUUUUUAAGAGAUACAUAUUGAGAUACAUAGAAUUUAAUGACUUGAUGUCUUGUGUUUGCUCUAAAAUAUGUCAGCAAAGAAAAAAAGAAAAGGAAUAGAUUAAGUAAAUGUGGCAAAAAUCUUAA